AUGAGUGCGACGAUAGAAUCGCAACCGGCGGUUGGUCAAUUGAUCGAGCACGAUGGAAAGUCAUAUGGCACUGUCAAGGAGGGUCUGGCAUACAUUCUGGUCCCACCGAACGCACGUACCGAGCAAGAUCCGAGAGCGAAGAAAGGAAACAAGGACGACGAUAGCGAGCAGCAAGCACAAAGUGUCUUCUACAACCCGAUUCAACAAUUCAACCGCGAUCUUUCCGUUGCACAAGAGACUCAGAAGAAAGAGAGAAAGAGACAGGCCGAGGGCAAUGCUGGAGAGGAGAAGAGGAGGAAGGGCAAUGACGGUGCUGCAGUGGCCAAAGACGUCGUCACAGAAGCUUCAGCGAAAGAGGAAGCUCAAGAAGAAGAUACUAAGGUUGAUGUCAGAUCCGAGGUGGUCGGCGAUGACACCGAGGUGAAGCCCACUGAAGCGCCCAAGAGAAACAAAUACAAGCCAAAGUUCAGGGUAUUGGAUGCUUUGUCUGCCUCUGGCCUGCGUGCUCUACGUUAUGCUCAGGAGAUUCCCUCUGUGACAACUGUCGUAGCAAACGACAUGUCUCCCGCAGCCGUCGAGGCCAUUCGUCUCAAUGUACGACACAACAAGCUGACGGGCAAGAUCGUUCCAUCCACUGGCAACGCCAUCGGUCACAUGUAUAAUGCUGCCUACUACACCCCAACUUCAGAAGAUGGUCCUUCUGCACACACUCAACUCAAGUACGAUGUUAUCGAUCUGGAUCCCUAUGGUACCGCUGCACCUUUCCUUGAUGCCGCCGUUCAAGCGCUGAACGACGGCGGUCUACUGUGCGUUACCUGCACUGAUGCCGGUGUCUUUGCCUCCUGUGGUUAUGUCGAGAAGACAUACUCGCUUUACGGCGGUCUCCCGCUCAAGGGCCAACAUUCGCACGAAGCCGGUCUUCGUCUGAUUCUGAACUCGAUUGCCAAGGCUGCUGCUGUUCAAGGUAUCGCCAUUGAACCGCUUCUGUCCCUCAGUAUCGACUUUUACGCUAGAGUCUGGGUGCGGGUUAAGAAAUCUCCUGCAGAUGUCAAAUUCCUGGCUGGAAAGACCAUGCUUGUACACCAAUGCGACACUGGCUGCGGAAGCUUCCAGAUUCAGCCUCUUGCCAAACACACUCCUCAAAAGAACUUCACCAACUACAAACAUACUGCCUCUCUAUCUUUCAGCGAGAGCAGAUGUCCCCAAUGUGGUUUCAAGACUCAUGUUGCUGGUCCCAUGUGGGCAGGUCCUCUACACAACCCUUACUUCAUCCGCCGUAUCUUGGACAUGCUUCCCAAUGUGGACAAGACAAUUUACGGAACCACAGCUCGUAUCGAGGGUAUGCUCACCUCUGCUCUGGACGAGCUUGAUACUUUGGAGACCGUCCUUCAGACUUUCAAGGGUGAAACCGAGGCUCCUUUCAUUCCCUCUACUCCAGGCCAUGUCACUGACCCAUAUCCUUUCUUCUUCAUCCCUAGCUACUUGUGCAAGGUCAUCCAUUGUCAGUCUCCUUCAGAAGCAGCCAUCAAGGGUGCACUUCGUCAUGCCGGUUACAUCGCCACGCGAUCGCAUACCAAGCCUGGCACCAUCAAGACCAAUGCCAACUUCGAUGCCAUCUGGGAGGUCAUCAGGGAGUGGAGUCGACAAAAGGCGCCAGUGAAGGAAGGCAAGGUCGGUGAGACUCAAGCUGGCUACAAGAUUCUGCAGAAGAUGAGAAAGAUAGAUGCAGCUCAGGAGAAGAAGGAUGCCGAGGAGAAUGGAGACCAGAGCGAAGACGAACCUAGAGAUCAGCCUCCCGCCGACAUCUUCACGCACAAGAUCAAGUUUGAUGAGCAAUUGGGCAAGGAUUACCACAGCAAGAAGCUGAUGCGCUAUCAAACCAACCCUAGGGCGAACUGGGGCCCCAUGAGUCGUGCCAAGGGUGCAAGCUAG